AUGGUGAGGGGAAAGACGGAGAUGAAGAGGAUAGAGAACGCAACGAGCAGGCAAGUGACUUUCUCAAAGAGAAGAAAUGGACUUUUGAAGAAAGCUUUCGAAUUAUCAGUCCUUUGUGACGCUGAAGUUGCCCUAAUUAUCUUCUCUCCUAGAGGCAAACUCUACGAGUUCUCUAGCUCCUCCAGUAUAGCAAAAACAGUAGAAAGAUAUCAAAAGCGUAUACAAGAUCUCGGAGCUAACCAUAAGAAAAAUGAUAACUCACAGCAGUCGAAGGAUGAAACCUACGGAUUGGCGAGAAAGAUCGAGAAUUUGGAGAUUUCGACACGGAAAUUGCUGGGAGAAGGACUUGAAGCAUCUUCUGUUGAAGAGUUACAACAAUUGGAGAACCAAUUGGACCGAAGCUUAAGCAGAAUACGAGCCAAAAAGUACCAAUUGUUACGUGAAGAAAUUGAGAAGUUAAAAGAAAAGGAAAGGAACCUCGUUGCAGAAAAUAAAAUGCUGACAGAGAAGUAUGAGAUGGUAAGAGGAGGAACAUUAAUAGCAAGAACAUCAUCAUCAUCAACAUCAGAAGAAUUGGACAUAGAUGAUGAUAAUGAAAUGGAAGUGGUGACUGAUUUGUUCAUUGGACCUCCCGAGACUCGACACUCCAAAAAAUUUCCUCCAAACUAA